UUGCGCUUCAGCUUUUUUUGUCCUUCAGCAGCUUCCGUCCAUCAGUGCUACAAAUACAUGCUGGGCUUUACCAUGGCGGCCUCAAUGUCACCGGCGCUUAGACAAGUGUUAUGGGUUAGGAAAGCAGCGGCGGCCGUUCUCACCCCGACCAGGUCAUUGAGCACUUCCACACUGCGGCAGGCACAGAACCAAACACAAGAUGCAGAACUCAUCACCGUAGAUGAAAAAGUGGAUAUCUCCACAAUUACUGGGUUUCCAGAAGAGCAGAGGAAAACCAGAAAAGUUCACAUAUAUGUGCCAGCACGAAACGCCAUGCAGUCCGGUGUACAGAACACUAAGAAGUGGAGGAUUGAGUUUGAUACUCGUGAGCGAUGGGAGAACCCCCUAAUGGGAUGGGCAUCAACCGCUGACCCCUUGUCCAACAUGGUUCUGUCAUUCACGUCUAAAGAAGAUGCUAUUGCCUUUGUAGAAAAAAAUGGUUGGAGUUACGAGGUCGACGAGAGGAGGAUUCCAAAGCCAAAAUCCAAGUCUUAUGGAGCAAACUUUUCUUGGAACAAGCGGACCAGGAUAUCCACAAAAUGAAUUGUUAUUGGCCGUCCGUAAGUCUGACUGCGAGCGAAGUCAGCUGCGCUGUAUUUUUAGCAGCCGAAUAAUACAACGCUUAAUCUCCUAAUAAAUAUGACCUUUAAACUACAAA